AAAAAAAUCGUAAAAAUAAAUACAUUAUUCACGUUCAGUCAUAAUUGGAACGUGCGUUGUGGUGUAGUAUUUACUAAAGAAUAGUGUAACUCACUCGUGAUUUGGUGUUAGUGUGGUUUAGUUAUCCUAUUUUGUACAUUAUUUUGUAGUUUAAAUAAGUUUUCAAGUGUCUGUAAAACUACUUUAAUUUAAUGUACAUUGUUAGAUACCGUGUAAUAAGUUAAAUUGUGAAUGACUCAUACGAAAUUUCAGAUAGUUGCUUUUUAGGCCUAUAGUAUCUGAAUGUAUUACGUGCAAGAAAGCAAGGAACUCACUCUGAAAUCAAGUGUUAACAAAAUUUUUAAACUUUCUAAUAUUUCUUAGAUAUGUAGAAUCAGUCAAGUGGUUUAGACUAAGUAUUAUAUUAUUUCUCUAAUUUAAAAACAUUAAUAUAAAAUCACCAUAGUAAGAAAUUUAAAAAUUCCCUCGGUUUUUUAAAAAUAUAAAAAUAAAAGUCUAAUAAUUUAUUAUGAUUUAAGUUAUUAUUCAGUAGCAUUAAUGGAUCAGACAUCAAGAAAGAAGCCUAGUUCCCCUUGGUCACAUCAAUCAAAAACAACACCAGCAAUAAUGCAAUCUAUUGACAAUCCAUCAUUAAUCCUAACAAGUAGAGAUGCCCGCCGCAAUUCAAACGCAUUUAAUAUUGUUCCUCCAGAUGUUACAUUGAGUAGUGGUUGUGAGUUCCAAUCACUUAAAUUAGUACCAAGUCUGGAUGAAAACAUGAUGCUCAAUAGUUUCCUGUUACUUGAUAAAGAUGAGAAAUUGCAGGUAUCAUCUGUUGAAGAGUUUUUGAGAGCCUUGCGCUGUCAAGAUCCCCUAACACGUGUUAAGGUUGUCUCUAUCUUUGGAAACACAGGCGAUGGCAAAUCCUACACUCUGAAUCAUACCCUCUUCAAUGGUGAAAAUGUCUUUCCUACUUCUAAUUCACAAGACUCUUGUACCCUGGGGGUGUGGGCUGCUUUUGACCCACAACUUAAAAUUAUUUGCUUGGACACUGAAGGACUUUUGGGAUCAACAAAGCACAGAAACCAGAGGACACGACUCUUACUAAAGGUGCUGGCGGUAUCAGACAUAGUGAUCUACAGAACACGGGCAGAGAGAUUGCAUGAAGACAUGUUCACAUUUUUAGGAUCAGCCUCACGUGCCUACACCCAUCACUUCCAGCAAGCCUUACAGGCUGUUGGCAAGAGAGGGGAGUUCGCUGUCCCUCUGUCUGCACUGGGACCGGCCGUCAUCAUAUUCCACGAGACUCGUAACACUUGCACAUUGAAUACAGGUCGUGAGAGCCCCGAAGAUGUGAUCCGGGCAAGGUUUGCCCAGUAUAACUUAGAGAUGGAUGCCUUCAGCUCAGUCCGUUAUAUCGGAACACAGACAGUCAACUUGCCCACCAACUUCAAGGACCUGCGGGCUGCCAUCACUAGGGAACUGGAGAACACCACAGUGCGUAGUCCCCGCAACCCACAGCUUGUCUUCUCCACACUCAAGGUGUUGAACGAAAAAUUCAGUGGACGUAUGAGUGAUGAGCAGACCUCACUGUUCCCUGACCAGUACUUCACCUGCUCUGUCGUGUGUCUGGCUUGUGACAGGCGCUGCAAUGGCAGUAUGGGUCAUCUCAACGAGAACUUGCCUCACAGCAACUCCUACAAGUGCAGAUUCCAGCAUCAGUUUGGGAACCGAAUGUACAUCUGUAAGGCCUGUCACGUGAAUGGCAAGGAGGUGAUCGUGGUCCCUGAAUACUAUUCUUCAAAUGAUGCGUCUUGGUUCGGCAUUGUCAAAUACGCUUGGUCAGGAUACGUGAUUGAGUGUCCCAACUGUGGAGAGAUAUACCGCAGCCGUCAAUUCUUGUAUGGUAACGCCCAGCCAGAGGCGCAUGCCGUUCGCACAGAAAUACAUCAUGUUUGGCCUGGGAGUAACUGCAGUGGACUGAGCUCCCAGAAUUCUGCCCAACGGGUGGUAGAUGGCGUCAGUUAUCUAUAUGACGGAGUCGUCACCAUCAGCUCUCAGCCAACCAAGGCCUUCACAUCAUUCUUAGCAGACCAGAUCGCUCCAAAGUACUGGAGGCCCAACAGCGAGAUACAGGACUGCAUAGUCUGUCACAAGGCAUUCUCUGCUACUGACACGAAGCACCACUGCCGAGCGUGUGGUGGUGUGAAGGAGUAUGUGAGGAUUGCUCCAACCAUAACCGUCCAGUUCCAGAAAAAGGGUGGGAGGUGCCUGUUAAAGUCUGUGACAAGUGUUAUAAAGCUGGAGGUGACGCUAGUUCGGAAUCCAGUUCCCAGUCUCGGUGCGGACGAUGCAGAGGUGCGAGCGCGCAAGUACGGUGAGACUGCUGUAAAUGCUGUUAGCUCAGUUAUACCAGUAUGUUGUGGAGUACCCUAAAG